CAAACAAAAUCUGAAAUUCGGUCGGUGCUGUGUCUGCUGCAUUCUCAAACCUUUCAAACUCGAUAAAUUAUAACCUCCCAAUCUCAAAUUCUUACACAGUUAACGAAAUGGACAACUUUCAUCUCGAAGAACGAAUCCGGCGCCGCCUCAUCUUCUUCCCUCUGCCGCUGCAAGGCCACAUCACCCCAAUUCUCCACCUCGCAAGCAUCCUCCACUCCAAAGGCUUUUCCAUAACCAUUCUCCACCUCAAACUCAACCCCCCAAACCCCGCACACCACCCUCACUUCACUUUCCGCCUCCUCGACGACGAUGCCUUCUCCGAAGAGGCUUUCAACGCCGAUCUGGUUUCAUUUCUUGCGAUUCUCAACGACAAGUGUGCCGAGCCUCUGAAGCAGGCAUUGGCUGAGCUGGUGGCGGACGCUGCCACCGCCUGCUUGAUCUCGGAUGCUAUCUUUCAUUUCACGACGGGGGUUUGUGAGAGCCUUCGGCUUCCGAGGGUUGUUUUGAGGACUGGCGGCGUGUGUUCGUUUCUGGCUUUUGCUGCUUUCCCGCUUCUGCUUCAGAAAGGCUAUCUCCCUCUUCAAGAUGAUAGGCUGGAGGAGGCAGUAAUAGAGCUUCCUCCGCUGAGAAUAAAAGAUUUGCCAGUGAUCAACACGCCUCACCAAGACAAGCUCUACGAGCUAGUUCAACAAAUGGUGCAACAAACCAAAGCCUCCUCUGGCCUAAUAUGGAACUCUUUUCAAGAGCUCGAAGAAACAUCGAUUGAAAAACUCCAUCAAGAUUUCCAAAUCCCAAUCUUCCCAAUAGGUCCAUUUCACAAGCACAAUGUCAAUAACAUCAAUGCACCACCUUCUUCUUCUUCUGACCACAGCUCCAUUUCCUGGCUAGACAAACAAACCCCCAAAUCAGUAAUCUACGUCAGCUUCGGCAGCAUUGCAACGAUAGACGAGGCCGAGUUUCUCGAGGUAGCCUGGGGCCUCGCCAACACCAAGCACCCCUUCCUGUGGGUCGUACGGCCCGGCCUAGCACGUGGCGCUGAGUGGCUGGAGAUUUUGCCGGGAGGCUUCCUCGACGGGCUAAACGGGAGAGGGCAUAUUGUGAAAUGGGCCCCACAGGUGGAAGUGCUGGCGCAUCCGUCUGUGGGGGUGUUCUGGACGCAUUGUGGAUGGAACUCGACUUUGGAGAGUAUUUGCGAGGGGGUGCCGAUGAUGUGCACGCCAUGUUUCACCGAUCAGCGGGUGAAUGCGAGGUAUGUGGGGCAUGUUUGGAAGGUUGGGGAGCAUUUGGAGAAGGAGCUAAGCAGGGAGAGGAUUGAGAGGGCUGUGGGGAGGUUGAUGGAGGGGAGAGAAGGGGAGGAGAUUAGAGAGAGGGCAUUGUUUUACAAAGAAGUGGCUAAUGUUUGUGUUAGGCCAGGUGGAUCUUCGUAUGAUUCAUUGUCUAAAUUAGUCAAAUAUUUGUCAUUCACUUAGUCUUGUUGCUCUAAAUUAGUCUGAACAAUAUUUAUCAUUACUCCAAUAAACAUCUCUUAUCUUUUC